GAUCCGCCAUUAAACCCAAGAAGAAGAAGAAGCCCAGCGACUCGCUUUACAUUUGGCGGGCAUUGCGAAACGUAAACAGACGAGGUCGAACAUGGAGGAAAGCGAAAUAGCAACACGAAAGGAAACUGUCCACAACGUAGGUCUUAAGGAUUCUUCUGAAAACCAGACUAAAGAUGCUACAGAAGAAGUUUCCUCACAGAUGUCAAACUCUGGCUCAUCGUGUAAACCGUCGGAGGAGCCAGAAGCGAAGUUUAACCGGUUGAAAUUGUUCGACAAAGUGAUGCAGAAAAGUCUUGAAAGAUUCAUCCAAUAUGUCAGUUUUAACAGAUUCGCCAGCACGUUUCGUCCACUUUAUCAAAAGAACCCUCAGAGAAUGGAGAGCAUUCACAAACAGUUCAUAGAGGAGUUACAAGGAGCCAUAAAGGAGGACAUCAGCAGGUUGAUUGAAGAAGGCAAUUUAGAGUUCAAACUGAAUGAGCUGGACGAACUGGAGAAGGCUGCCAAAAACAACCCAGACCCUGCAUGGCGGCCAAGUGGCAUUCCUGAGCAGGACUUUUGCAGCUUUUUGGUGCCAUACUAUCAAAAGCAAGAAGCCUACAUGCGGCUGGAGCUGAAAAAGAUUCGGGCUGAGAAUGCUGCCCUCGCACAAAAAGUUCAGGCUGGCAGAGAGAGUGUCGCUCAGACUGAACAUCAAAUUUGUACCGCUGUUGAGGAGUGGAAGGCAUGGGUCACAAAGUUUGAAAAGCUGGCAUCUUCUCUCUGCCCUGCUGAUGUCUUUGAUGUGUGAUCUUCAGUUAUUUGACCUUGAUAUAUGGGGCGCAGUUUGUAAAAUUGUGCACACUGAAAAUAAAAGCAACAUUUCUCCACAUUUAGCU